AUGCCGGCACCCGAAACCUUAGAUGAGCUUCGACAACUGCAGGCUAUCCCUCACGACUUCAGCUGGGUCGUAGCGGACAAGAUUGCAGGCAUGUGCCAGCCCACAUCUGUGCUCCAGCUGCUACGAUUGCAGGAACAGUUAGCGGUGAGGGUGGUGAUUAAUCUCACCGAUCGCGACAUUCAUCGAAAUGGGCUGCACCUGCUCGGCGAAGGUGCACCCCAGUUGCUGCACAUCCCUCUUCCCGGGAUGGUAAUCGCGUGCUACCUGGUGGCCGAAGAGGGCUUCGCCCCUCACGAGGCCAUCCAGCUCGUGCGGGAGAAGCGGCCUCACUCGCUGGUGUGCUCAAAGCAAGAGCUGGCCGUCCAUCGCUUCGCGGCCUACCUCGACGAACAACGCUGA